UCUACGGGUUUCUUUCGUUUAUGAUGGCGAUUUUGUUUUCCUUACAUUGCGUAUGAUUUUCGGCUUAUACUUCAACAUUUGAUCAGAAUCCAAAGUCAACAAUGUCGAUUGAAGAAGGCCGAAUUACGAGUCGUGCCACCCCAACGAGCAAGGGGGAAAAGACUCGCUACAUUCGGCCUGUAGAAAGACAGAGAAUGCGCCCAUGGUUGAUUGAGGCCUUGGAGAAGGAUGAUGUUCCCGGACUUACUUGGCAAACUAGAAACCAGGGCAUCUUCAGAAUCUCUUGGAAACAUGCUGCCAACCAAUGUUUCCAUAUGCAAAAUGACACAAACCUGUUUGAAAGAUGGGCAAUACAUACAGGUCGUCAUGAUGACAGUGAUCAUAAACGCUGGAAGGCAAACUUCAGAUGUGCACUCAACAGUUUACCUGAUGUGAUGGAGCUAAAAGAUCAUGGGGUGAAGAAAGGGAGUAAUGCCUUCAAAGUGUAUAAGUUUCUUGAUGAGAAAGAAACAAAGGCCAACCGUGAAAACAAGGCUCUGGCUAAGAUUAAGAAAGAAACAACGUUCACUUCUGUGCCGGACAGACACACAUAUUUGAAGUCCAGUGAGUCAGGAGACGAAGCAUCCAGUGCUGUGGGUGGUAUCCCGAACCUUUCCUGCCUUGUGCCAGCCUCGUCUGAUGAGAUGUUGGUUGAUGCAGGCGGAGACGAUGAUGCGGGAAGUCUUGAUCACCUUCAGGAAAUACUUACUGCUGCAACAGCAUCGCUUGCUGAGGGCAUAGAUGCCUCUGCCCUGGAGCAAAUCUCCAUCGAACAGCUGAGCCGCAUGGGCGAGGUUUCGAAGAUGAAGCUUGACAUUCGAGACUCCGAACAGAGUGAACCAUCUGAGCCAAUGUAUGUAUACCUGUGCAGCUGGUGUAAGAAGGUGUUUCCCUCUCGUGUUGAGCUAUUUCAACAUUUCCUGGUUGAGCACCAGGAGCGGCUCCUUGCAAGGGAGGAGUACCAUCAGGAGGGUUCCAAUCUUCAGCGUGAGAUUGAAGACCUCGAGAAAAAGGUGUUUAACUUCACAAGGGAAAAAUUCAAGUCCAAGGACUCUGGCGAGGUGAUAGAAGAUGGGCAGGUGGUAGACAUAAGUACGACCCACAUUAUGACCAGCCAGGACGUCUACAUAGAGGACCAGGCCCUCGACCUGACUGUCACCCCAGCCCAUGUCCCCACUGUCAUCAGGCAAGAAGUUGCCCUUGACCUGUCAUCUGGGGCCAUUGGCAAAAAGCAUAAGUUCAUUGUAACUGCCAGUCCCAGUAAGGGACAAACAAAAGUGAUUGCGAAAAAACGAAGGUCUGGAGCUCUUGAUAUGGACUAUAUAAAAAAGUUUGAUGAAUUUGGAAUGGUCGGAAAGGCUCAGACGAAGAGACAGCUAUCACUGGUGACCAAGAAGAAGGAGGAAAAAGAGAAGAUGAAGAAAUCAGAAGGAGGGAAAAAAGAUGUGGAUCCUGCUUCUCAACAUUCGAUGGAAGAUAUAGCUCAUGCUGAGAUACUGAUAAGUCUUAAAAGUGCCGCAAAUGAGGAUGAAGAAACUGAUGAUGCUGAGGAAGAUGCUGGAGAUACGGACGAGGAUAGUGAGAAAGGGGAAAAGACACAAGCUGCAAAAGGAGUUAAAAGGGCUAGAGCUGACGAUGAUGAUGAGGAGGACGAAGAUGAAGAUGAUGCGGCUAAAGCUUUCAGAUGUGGUAUUUGUUCCAAUACAUUUUCUGAUGCAGCUACACUGUAUGCCCAUGUUACAGAGCACAAGAAUGAAUAUAAAUGUGGAAUAUGUAACGAAGUCUAUGAUGAUAAAGACAACUAUGUUCAACAUCUUGUGACUCAUGUUCCUUCAGCUGAACUAUUGCAGGAGGCAAAUAAAAGCCCACCCAAAGAACACAAAUGUAACUUUUGUGAAAAAGCAUUUCCAUCUGCUAAAAAACUUGAGAAACACAAAACUGAACAUUAUACAAUCAUAGCCAUGAAGACUAAAGGUGACAAAGUAGCUAUGGUUGUUCAUCCAAAACAAGGCAAUGAUGAGGCAGACACAAGAGUGGCGUUAAUUCACCAAAAACAAGCUAAUGAUGUGCCGGAAACAAAAACAAAUCCUGCAGGAGAAAUCGAAAAAGAAGCAGUAGUAAAAAAAAAGUCUGUACCUGUUGACGGUAACCAAGAUGUCUACAUUGUAUAUUCUUCUGAGGGUGGGGAUAAAGUGUGUGAGGUAGUAACAGCACCAAGUGAAACUUCAAGUGAACAUGAAGGAAUGGAGGUAGAGAAAAAUGCUGAUACUGAUUCGGUUGAUGGAAUGCAAGCAAAGAUCGAGCUCAGUAAGGCUGGAUCUAAAGAGAUCAAUGAAGGUACAAAUCGGAAGGCUGUUAAAGAAGAAAAGUCUCAAGAGCAAACCAAGGGUAAUGUUUGCAAAGAUGGACAAAAUGGUGAAUCUCAGCUACCGGCUUUUUCGGAGAUUGUGAAAGAUGUAGAUGAGUUCUUCAUUAAAGAAACGAAACCUCAAUUGAAGAAGGAUGUUAAGGAGGAACCUGUUGGGGAAGAUCCAGAAGAUGAAAUAGAAAGCAAAGGUGAGGAGACUAGAAAUGAGGAAGAGUUGAUGGAAAUAAUAAUAACAAAUCGAGAAGAAACCGUUGAAGAGAUUUCUGAAUAUGAAUUCAAAUGCAUUAUUUGUAAAGAAGAACAUGACACCCAACAAAAGCUUAAUGAACAUAUGAAACUGCAUUCAAUAUUUGAGCUGGCAAAUGCAAAAGGCUCAAUAGAAGGAAAAGAGAAAACCAGCACUGAAGGGGAGAAGAAGUCAAAGGUGUUCAUAUGCAAAUUGUGUGGAUCAAACUUCAAUCAGUUCACAGAUUUGAAGAAACAUGUAGCAAGUCACUUAGAGAAGUCAAAGAAGAGGGAAGUCAAAGAGGGAGGUCUGAAAGAAACUGUACCAAGAGCUAAAAGAGGAAGACCACCAAUUCGAAAAGUUCCAGGAAUGAAAGAAGGAAAUGAAACAGGACGUACUGCAACUUCAAAGCAAAAAGCUAAGACAGAUCAAGCAAUUAGUGAGAAGCUACAAGGUGGUACUAGCAUUCUAGCUGCUGCUCUCAAGAAAGGGCCAAAGUUUCAACUAUCUCCUGCCCUAUUUGAGAAAAAUAAAGGAGCUGUAGAAAAGGUUGAUGAAAGGGGUGAUGCUAAGCCAAAAAUAUCCGAAAUUAAGAAAAAACUUGAAGCUCCUCCAAAACCUGCUAUAGUUUCUGAUACAAGUGAACCUGAGAAAGAAUCAUUUGUUGAGACAAAAUCCUCCAAUAGUACAGAGAUAGUGACUGAGCAGAAUGAAGUUAAAGUCAAUGAUUUAAAGGAAAAGAAAGAAGAUGAAAGUUUUGCAUCAAAGUUGCUCGUUCAAGGGGUAACUUCAUACCUUCAAAACAAAGAUGGCACAAUCACUCAGGAGCAGAAAAUUGAAUUUGUCCCUACACCAAUAGCUAGUAUGCCUAUGCCAGCUGUUGUUACUCAAAACAUAAGUAGUAUCACAGCAACUAACCCACCAGCCAAAUCUCCACAAGCUGCUAAUAUUCCAGUCAUUAACCCAGCAGUUAUUUCAAACCUUGUAACUAUGGGUAAUAUCACAAGUAUUGGGAACCAGGCAAUAAACAUUGCAGGAAAGGUUGCUCCGGUCAAUCAACUUGGUCCAGUUAGAAUUAUGACAGCAAGUGAUAUUAAAAAUGCAGCACCACAGCAAGUUAUCUUCUUGAAACAAGGAACCCCGCUUCCGGUGCAACUAGCCACCCAGUUGAGUGCUUUACAACAGAGCGUUAUGACCGCCCCACAGAUGCCAACCUUGCAGCAAGUAAGCCUUCCUGUUACUCAUUUUGGCGGACUUCAGCCAACUGCAAUCUCAAUUCCUCAGCUGACCCAAGUCCAGCAGACAACGAUAUCCAUUCCCCAGCAGACAGCUGUUCCUGCAACUGUUAUGCAGUCAGCUGUUCCAAAAACUGGUGCUACAAAGCCAGUAUGGACACAAUAUGGAUGGAAAUCUCAAAAAUCUCAGGCUGGUACUGCACCAACAGUGAAGCAAAUGAUAUCCGCUCAGAAGUCUGCUGCAAUGAAAACAGGCCAAGGUCACAAAACACCAACUGUUCUUCCAGUAUCAUUUGUAAAAUCUCUUGGCACUGCUACAGGCAAUAUCACCAUAGCUAGUGUGGCACCUGUUUCAUCUCCCAAACCCGCAGUAACGAUCCCACCCAAAAUUACAAUCCCAUUGUCAGCUUUGCAGGUGCUCCCAGCUGCUUCUGUGGCAACAAAUGAAACUACAGCCUCUACAACAGUUAAUCCAGUAAUUGCUGAACACACUGAUGCAAACUCAAAGGUGAAUCCCCAGGUACAAAGUAACCUUCUGAACAUGGUACUGGCAAGAAUGGGACAGGCUGGAUCAAACGUUUCUGUUAUUACUACAGCAGCUACUUCUGUGGCUGCUUCUAUCAGUUCAACAGGUCCUACAAUUACUGCUGUAAGCUCAGAGGCUUUUAAAACAGCUGUUGGUGGGAAGUCAUUGUUGACGGCUUCUGUGUUGGCAGGUUCUUCUGACGGUAAAGCUACUGGGCAGUUCACAAAGGAGGAGUUGCUUCAGCAAGCGAAAUCACUGCAGUUAAAAGACGGUCUGUUUCUGUUCUGUAGUAGGUGUAAGCAAGCCUUGACAUCACUGGAAGAAAUGUCGGCUCAUGUUUGCAAUGCAAACAAGGUCACAAGUCAAACUCCCAGUCCAUUGAGUGGAAUCAACCUAACCAAUGUUCCCUCGACCACUUCUGAACCAGCCCAGAAGGUGCAGAAAACAUUGACAACAGAUGAUGUUGCAGCGGCAAGAAAUUCAGCCCCCUUGAAGUCUGGAAUGACUGGUACAGCUGUAGCUGCAAGUAGUCUUCUUACAAGUCAGCAGAGCAAUGUUGGAUAUGGAAAGAAUAGCAGAUGUCAGCAUUGUGUUGGUGAUCCAGUCUCUGUAGGGUUUCAUCAACUGAUUGCUCACAAUAACGAGUGCAAGAUCUGUUAUGCCAGAUUGAAGAAAGUGGAAGUCUAUCAGCAUGCAAAUAUCCAUUGUAUGAACGUCAUGAGGAAUUGUAUUCAGUGCUUAACAUGUAAGGACAUUUUUGUAGCCAUGGACUUGUAUAAUGAUCACAAAGACCACUGUGACAAAAAUGCUGAGUAUACAACAGUAAAUCACCCACUUGUUAAGUGUCAGGGGUGCUCUCUUCAUUUGAAGAGCACAAAUAUUGUACUGUGGCAUGUGAAGAAGUCUCAUAUUCAGCGUGUGUGGUAUUCGUGCAGCAUUUGCGACAAGACUUUCCAAUUCUGGAAAGAUGUAAAAUCAUCCGUCAUGGAACACAUGCAGCUUGAAAAUGGUGGCAAUCCACCUGAUAUUAGCUUCUGUCACUUUUGUAACCUUGUGUUUAAGGACACCACAGAUAGGGUAGCCCAUGAAAAAACCCAGGAACAUACGAAGAAUUAUUUCAUGAAAGUUAAAAAUCUCGGAACUGUAAUUGUGUCUGGAAAGUCCCAAGGUAUCGUAUUUCCAACAUCUGCAGACGAGCAUCUUAGAAUAGCUGAUAAGCCUGAAGCCAUGAAUGAAAUUGUUGAUGACAUUUGUUGCAGGGAAUGUAGUUUGCGCUUUAAGUCCUUGUUUCAGCUGAGACAACAUAGGGUAAUAAGACAUGGGGAGGUCAUGAAGGGUCGUCCCAAACUUCCUCCGGUUUUGAACACAUGUGAAGCAUGUAGAAAGACUUUUUUAGUGCCAUAUAGGUUGAAAAAACACCAGGAGGUGUGUCACAAAUAUAUUCAGAGUAAAUUUGGUGGUGCUAGCACAAACAAUAAACAAUCGGGAGUUGAAAUUGUGACCAGUAAGACAAGUGCCACAGAAGUUUGUGAUGAUGAGGAAAGAGUGGAAACACAAGAUAUUGAAAACAGCUAAACAUUUGAAUGAUUUUUAAGAGAAUUUAUAGGUACUGUAUUGAUAUUGUAAAUAGUAAAGACUGAAAACUUUUUUGAAAGUUUAUCAAAAUUUAUUGCUGUAAUAGUUGCAUUGAACAUACAUAAACGGGUACUAGUAAAAUAUUUCAAAUUUAACAUAAUAUACAACAGUGUACCUGUAUUACUGCAGGUUUUCAAUUGGAAUAUUAUAACAGCUUUAAAUAGUGCUUCAACAUUGAUGCUUUAAGGCUAUGUAUUAGUAUACAUAUGAAGUGCUGUAAAUACUGAUUUUUGUGUCACCUGUGUAACAGGGUAGACCCAUGGGGAUCAUGUUGUCCAUCCUCAUCUGUGUCAGUGACUUUGCUCUUAAAGAACCCAUUUUGACUUAGACAUUUUUUCUUCAAUCAUGGCAAAACUUGGUAGCGAUGCUUAUUGGCAUAAUAUCUCAACUGAGUUUGAUUACCAGUCAGAUUGCCAUUGACAAAAUGAUUGGCAUAUUACCGAUAGGCGACACACCUGAUUCAUGACAUUCUAGAUUAGCCUCUUGAUGGGUGUAUAUUACAUACAGAGCAGGCAUGUGGAAAUGUAUUCAACUUAUCUUGGAAUGUAGUAGUUCAUAUUCAUUUGUUUGUCUUCAUUAACCAGAACUUAACCAUUGCAUAAACCAUUUAUUGGGAAACUACUAUAUGACUUUAUUCUAACUGUAACAUUGCUUUUAUUGUGGUUUGUUGUCUUUUUAUGUUUUAACUUAAUGUAUUUGUUAGUUAUAUUCUCGUAUGAAACUUAAUCACUGUUGUGUGUAAUAAACAUUAGAGAUAAUUUUUUAGAAGUGCUUACCCGGUACUGUUAUAAAGACUUAAAAGUGUGCAGAAAAAUAAGUGCUCAAAACAUUUUUAGUGAAUAUUUAAGUAUGUUUCUUUGAAUUGUUACCAUGAUAAAAUAUUACUGAUUGCCUGACUCCAAGUUGAUGGUUAUGUAAACAAAAAUACUGGCACUGUCCUACGUCAUUUUUCAAAACCGUUGCCCCAAUCCAUUUAUGGCUUGUAUAUACUCAUAUAUUUUAGCAUCAACAUAUUAAAUAUAAUGCAAUGUCAUGACAUUUUUGUAUAAAAAUUUUGCAAUGCCGACAUUGUGAUCAUACUAAGUUAUAGUGAAAAUAUAUUUGUGUUAAAUUUGGGGCUUCCUCAAUUGCAAGUUACCAUCUAUUGUGCACUGAUUAAAAAAAUAAACUUUUAUGAACAUAGUACAUAGUUUAUAUGUAAAAUGUGCCCAUUGCUUGUAGAAAAUGCGUAAUGUAGACUGAUGCGCUUCACAGCUAAUCAGAUGUAUCGAUUUUCCAAAGCGUGUAAAAAUUGAUCAAUGUCAAAAAAAUGUCAUUUUCCAAUUUAAAUAUGUAUCUAGAUUAAAAUACAUUUAACACUGUAGGAGGGCCUUUCAUCUUCAUUACUUGUUAAUGUUUUAAUUGUUAAGCCUGGACUAACUCAACAUUUUAGUUAGAUUGUUGUCUCAUAUGAUCAUAAAAUGUAUACCAAAUCUUUGCAGCUAUAUGUAUAUUUGUUAUUGUAUGAUUAAAAUAUAUGUAUGUUAUGUCAAUGCAUGUAAAAUAAUACAUAAACUA